CUAUCUAACAGUCAAUGAAGAGGGGCUAGGGUUCUUCACUUUAUAAACAACACAACCACCAAACCCUAAAACACCAUCUUCAUAGGUCUGUAACCACAGAGAAGUGAGCUGAAGAAGAAGAUGUUUGGCCAAGUUUCAUAUGAUGUGGAGGUCGACGUGCCGGCCGGCGAUGCCUGGGAGCUCUAUAGCACCCUUCAACUGGCCAAGGUUGUCCAAGAAGGCCUCUCUCCUAUGCUUGAGAAAGUUGAGCUGGUUGAAGGUGAUGGAGGAGUUGGCACUGUUCUUGAACUCACGCUUGCCCCACCCCCUGGGGCGCAAGGACCUAUGAUUUACAAGGAGAAAUUCACAAAGAUUGAUAACGAGAAGCGCAUCAAAGAGACUGAGGUGGUUGAAGGAGGAUUUCUGGACUUGGGAUUUACUUUGUAUCGAGUUUGCUUCGAGAUUGUGGAAAAAGAGAAGGAUUCAUGUGUCAUCAAAUUAAAGAUCGAGUACGACGUGAAGGAAGAAGCAGCUUCCAAUGCUUCAAUGGUCACUAGCAAACCACUGGAAGGCAUUGCUUCGGUCACCACAACUUAUCUUCUGAAAAUGAAAAAUGCAAAUGCAAAUUAAAUUUUCAAGUUUGUGAACCUUUAAGAGCUAGUAGUUAUUGCUCAUCAAUAAACGAGAUAAAGAACUAGUAGUUCUUCUUUAGCAAGAGAUGUAUAACUCUUUUAUUUCUUU